AUGGGUGGUUGUAUUUCUUCUUCUUCACAAAAGCAAGCAAAACUAGAUGUUGGUAUUAGUUCUGCAACAUACUCACAAACAAUAAAUAAAAAACCUGUCAACAACCGUUUUCACGAAAAUGAUAAUGUAAAUGGUUCUCCUACUAAUAAUAAUGCUAAAAAAGCUAAAGUUGUUAAAAAACAAAAAAAGAAAAUUCAUAAAGGUCUUAUCGGCCUUCCUUCUAAUUUUCAACAUACCGGUCAUAUCGGUAUCACCGAAUUGCGUAGUGGUAAAGUUGACCCCGAAAAAAUUAAAAAUCAAAUGGCUGAAGUUGCAGCUGCUCUUAGUUUAGAAGGUUUGAAUAUAGGAUCCACAAUUCCAUCAGCUAAUGAUACCAAUACCAAUAAUAAUGAUAUCAAGAAUCAUGAAACUCCCACGCUUACGUCUAUUUCCUCAGAACAACAAAUUGUUACUGAUAAUAAUAAUAAUAUUAAUAAUAAUAACGAUAAUAACAAUAGACCAAUUUCUCUUCAAAAUGAAUCUCUAUUUAAAGUUAAGAGAAAACCAACUUUAACACCAAUUUCUUCGCCAGUGCAGCAACAACGGCAAUUACCAUCUUCUACAUUAAAUCCUGUAGUUGAUCCAAUGACUGAAAUCGUUGCUGCACUGAAAAUGCCAAUUGAUGGAAAUUUUGAUCAAAAAUUAGUGGUUUAA